AUGCAUCCAGCUCAACCUCCUACUCGCCCACCAGCUCAAUCCCAGAAUGUCGAUGCCCCAUCCCCCGUUGCCUCCCACUCUGCCCAAUCUCGACAUCGGUCUGUCCAUCAAACCCCGAGCACCCAACACGAACCAGUCGCCUCGCCUGUAAACAUGGUCGGCCCCUCCCAUCCCAUGCCCCGUCAACGUGUUUACUUCGGUCCUUAUCUACUCCUUCAAACUCUGGGUGAAGGCGAAUUUGGAAAAGUCAAACUGGGUGUCCAUUCUUCGCCUGACAGGUGGGGCGAAGAGGUCGCAAUCAAGCUCAUCAAACGGGGUAACGUGGAUACUCAAGCCAGGAUGAUCAAAGUUGCGCGCGAAAUCGAUGUCCUCAAACUCGUCAAACAUCCUAACAUCGUCAGACUCUACGAUGUCAUUGAAACGGAAAAGUACAUUGGGAUCGUGCUCGAGUAUGCCUCUGGUGGUGAACUAUUCGACCAUAUCUUAGCUCAUCGCUACUUGAAGGAGAAGGAUGCAUCAAAACUGUUUGCUCAGCUUAUCUCUGGAGUUACUUAUCUUCACGCUAAAAAGAUCGUUCAUCGGGAUUUGAAGCUAGAAAACUUGCUACUUGACCGAAAUCGCAACAUCAUUAUCACUGACUUCGGCUUUGCCAAUCGUUUCGAGGAUCGUACCAAUGAUCUCAUGGCCACCUCAUGUGGUUCGCCCUGUUACGCUGCCCCCGAACUUGUUGUCCAGGAUGGUCGCUACGUCGGCUCUCAAGUUGACGUUUGGUCCUGUGGAGUCAUUCUCUAUGCAAUGUUGGCCGGUUACUUGCCCUUCGACGACGACCCUUCCAACCCUGAUGGCGAUAACAUCAAUUUGCUCUACAAGUACAUCAUCAACACACCCCUCAGUUUCCCUGAUUGGAUCUCAGAUGAACCUAAGGAUUUGCUCCUCAAGAUGCUCGUCCCCGAUCCGCUAAAGCGCUGUUCGCUCAAGGACGUCGCCAAUCAUUCUUGGCUAUCAAGGUAUCAGCAUCUUUUCACUCGUUCCUUGGAGGAGCUUGAACGUCUCUCUGAAGAAAAUGAGCAAGCCAAACGAUUGAUGCUUCAACGUCAAAGACAACUCAUGGCUGCCAACAACGCCAACCGAUCCCAACCAACCCUUGGUCCAGAUGGAAAACCGACUCAUGCCACUGGCAAUGCAGCGGCCGCCAAUAGAGCCCGAGGUCAUCAGAGUGCCAUGGUUGUCCCUUCAUCCGCCAUGGUCAGCCCUGAUGAGGCCUUGCAUUCCAAUCAUGUCAUCGGGGCUUACCAGCAACAACAGCGUCAAGUCCCUGGAGGUGUCGUCACACAUUUACAUUCCAACAGUAAUCAAUCUACUACAGCUCCCACUCCUUCCAAUCGACGACAUCAGCAGGCUCAAUCAGCUGUCAUUGUUCCGGUAUCCUCACUCAACAAGGAGAAUGAAGAAAUCGCUGCUGUGCCUCCAAUCCCGAGCGACAAGAUGAUCAUUGACGAAGAACCCAAGAAGAGUGGCUCUAGUGUCAGUGGUAAGAAGCGCAAGGUUGCCGGUACAUCCACAUCUCCUUCUGUUCCACCCACCGCACCUCAGUCUCAACAGCGGUACACUGUUCAAGUCGAAUACACUGGUGUUGCCAAAGGCAAAGCCAAAAACGUUGAACCCUCUACCACUGGUGGCGAGGCUCUGGAGCCUCAUAGCCCUACUCAAGGCGCAACUGCCACUGAUGAGGGCCAGGUCAGUACGCCUCGGAUGUCCACACCAGCUCCUGACGUCUCACUUUCUUCUACACCCAAGCACGCCAACGACAGCCCGCUCCAGAGUACUCCUCAGCCAAGCCGAAAUCCCAAAGCUUCUGUAACCGGAUCGUCCAAUACUCCUAAGGCGCUCGACCCCAGUUCCGUUGGGUCCGAUGAGACAUCUACUCCCACUGUUCCUUUUCCUUCACCCUCUCAGAAGCCAUUGGCCAACCAAGGCGUUGUAGGCGCUACUAAAACUUCUAGUCAAGUCUCCUUCAGCGCCGCCUCUCAUACUUCUGCACAGCCUAACGGUUCCACAUCCAAAGCGACUGCCGCCAAAUCACAGGCUCGCCAUAGAAAAGGAUUGUCAACAGAUCGAUUCUUCUCUCGGCUUCUUGGUGCAAACACAACUCAGCCAUCUAACCCCCCACCUGUUCCUACUCCCAAGAAGGCAUCUGCAUACACCACUGCUAAUCCCCCUGUCGCGAAGACAGCCAGGCGGAAAGCACUCAGUAUGGUUGUCGAACCUCUAAGUGGUAAAAUUGCAUCAGCUGCUGGCGCCCGACCCACCCGGAAGUCUGCCAAGGUCGCGCCUCCUACUCCCACCUCUGCGGAAGCUCAGCAGCCCGAUCAAUCAAAACGUCGUCAACGAGGUACUAGCAUGGCUCCAGCUUCAUCUUCGAACCCUCCUGUUGAUGGCAGUACUCCGCCACCAGUACCAACAUCUGAUAAGUCCAAAGCUUCUAGUGUCAAGAGACGGACUACCCUGACGGCCGCACACGGCCGCACCGCCUCAAGUAAGAUGCCUGCAAGUGGCUCAGCACCUCUAGUGACCGCUCUGAAAAAACCUGCAUCUCAACAAUCCGGCCCGCCUUCGGUGCAGGCGACACCCCCUCACGAAGAGGAGACCAGUGGUCCUCAGAGAGAGGGCCAAACCGCUUCGCCCAACUGGAGCCAUCACACACCCGCAGCAAGUGUUGCCAACAGCACUGGCCAGGCCAGCAACAGCAGCAAAGCCAAGCGGGUCAUGGAUUGGUUCCGUUUCAAGAGCUUGAACGGCAGUACCACGAGUACCAACCAACCUCACGCUCAUGCUAGCGAUCAUUUGGUUCCUCCUGUACCAAUUCCAACGGACUUUGAUGCUAGAGUGAAGGCUCAUCAACCCGCUCAGCUUGCCCAACAAUCAAGUGUUGACGGCAAUUCUCCUCCAGUUGGUCCCGAACCUACCUCGCAAGCUCCGGCACCGUUGAUGUCAAAUCAAUCAGUGACUCAAACGUCGGCGGUAUCCUCCAAAGCUAGCCAUCGCUUUACCCUGGCCCAUCCCCGCCCCAGCACAUCGACUGCUGCAGAGUUCAGCAAUACGCCCAACGCACCACCUGCAGCGUCCGAACGAAACGGUGUUUUCAACGACAACAAGCUCAAGUUGCACCAUGGAGCAAUUGACCAGAAUGCGAUUUCGUCGAAGCUACCGCCGGUGAUCAUGCAGCAACUGAAACAGAUACUCUGGGAAAUGGGGAUUGAUGUGGUUGAAGAGAGUUCGAUGAAGCUAAAGGCGACGAGGCGGUCGAAGAAGAAGGUGGUUGCUAGUCUAGGGAUGGGUGUCUUUGAAGCACUGCAACAGCAGCAACAAAAGCUCCACCAACAAGACGGCUCAACCGGCGCGUUCAAAUCGAUCUUCAACCGACGGCCUCAAACAGCCAGUAGCACCAAUCAGCAAAUCGGGGUCUUGAUCGAUCAAUUUGGCCACGUCACCACUGGACCCAGCGUAGCUUCAACCAGCGGUCAUGGGGCUGGAUCCGCCGGAGGGAGUCUUGGUAGCGCUAAUGGGGCCGAUUAUACCAGCGGCGCUCAGCCUUUACCUUCCUAUGCUGACGACCCAUCAGUCGACAGUGGUGAUGACGUCCGGUUCACUGUGGAGAUCACUCGACUGAGGGGAUUGGUAGGACUGUAUGCGGUGGAUAUCAAACGAUUGAAAGGAUCGCUGUGGAGCUUCAAGUAUUUGUACUUGCAAAUCCUUGAACGAGCUGACCUGGGCCAGAAGGCGUAACUGAGUAGGCUGUCUUGCAACAUCUACAAGGGAUGUAAGGCUGGUGUUAUCAAUCAUCUAGCAGUAAAUAUAUUCACAGCCUCUCCAUGAUAGUCCUUGUGUGCACACCUGAGCUUCCCAUGAGCUCUUUUGUCUUACCUCUCUAGAACAAUUCUCCCAUUCUAUCAUCCAUCUUCUCUCAUAUCACUAUCCCUUCUUUUCUUUUCUUUUCUUUCUCUUUUUUUGGAUCAUCAU